UUGUACGGCAAACUUUAUAGAAGCCUUUUUCUCUCUUCUUCCUACAUAAUUUCAGUCGUCGCGAACCAUUCACCGGGUUCGGAUAACUCGAUAAUUUAUUUUAAAUAAAGUAUUCCGGUCUUUGAUCAGUUAUUCGCCACACGUGGCUCGUCAUUCUUUUCUUCACCCCUAUUAUUUUUUUAAAUUAUGAUCCUAAAGUGUGCUUUAUUUUCUCACCUUUUUUUCAUUUCACUUACUCGGCGCUAAAAAAUCAGUAAUUGCGCUAAAGAAGAGAGAAAAAAGUGAAGCGCAAAAUUGCAACGAGAAGAAAUCAAUUGACAGUUCACGUCUAUUAAAUUUAUUCGCAUGAAAUUAAUUCAUUUUAAAAUCCAUAAUGGAGUUUGUAAAUGGUGCGAUGAAAGUAUUCAUAAAAUCAUUUGUAUUUAUCGUAUCAUGUGCAGUGACGCCGUUUUUAAAAUUAGCAGCUUUUAGAAAAAUAAAUCGCUGUCCAGCUAUUUCUAAUAAAUUAUUAUUUAUUUCUGCUAAUGAAUUAGCAAGAAGAAUACGCAGAAAAGAGAUAACCAGUGAAGAAAUAGUAAGAGCGUAUAUAGAACGAUGUAUAGAAGUAAAUCCAGUGCUAAAUGCGAUAGUGGAAAAUCGGUUCGAAGCUGCAAUCAAGGAAGCGCGUGAAGUCGAUCUCCUUGUAAAAUCCGGCACCAGGUCUGAAGAACUACUGGCUCGCGAUACUCCACUUCUUGGUAUUCCCGUCACUGUUAAAGAAAGUAUCGCUGUGGAAGGAAUGAGUCAUGCUGCUGGACGUAAAACGAAGGAACCAGCAAUCGCACUGUGUGACGCGGACGCAGUCCAACGUAUCAGAAGAGCCGGUGGUAUAAUUAUCCUUGUUAGCAAUACCCCGGAGAUGUGCAUGUGUUGGGAGACUUAUAACAACGUGACCGGCACAACAUUGAAUCCAUAUGAUACACGAAGAACAUCUGGUGGUUCUUCUGGAGGGGAGGCAGCGCUUCUCGGGUCAGCGGCUUCACUGCUGAGUCUCUCCUCUGAUAUCGGCGGCUCUGCAAGACUUCCAGCGAUGUUUUGUGGAGUUUUCGGGCACAAACCGACUCCAGGAUGGGUUUCAACUGACGGACACAUGCCGGGUUCAGCAGAUCCAAUGUGGCCUUCAUUUCUGACCCUUGCGCCAAUGGCUAGAUACGCUGACGACCUAUUGUUUUUUUUGAAAAUAAUGAUGCAGUCGAAUGUUGCUAUUUCGCAUAUCAAUGAGCAAGUUAAUAUCAAGGAUAUUAAUUUCCACUACUUUGAAGAAAUACCAUCAUUUCUUACUCACAAAAUAAAUUCUGAAAUAAUAACCGGUAUUCACAAGUUUAUUCAACACUUGGAAAGCUCUCAAGGAAUUAAAACUCACAAGGCUGAUAUACCGGAUCUUAAGUAUGCUUUUGAAGCAUCAUCAACUAUGCUUCUUAAACUGGAAGGUGUUGAUACUGUUUUCGAUGAAGAAACAAACGCUCCUUUAAAAUGGAAAAGCGUUCUUGGAGAGAUAUUGAGGUAUUCAACUUACAGAUCUUCACAUUCCGUCAGCACUCUUUUUUACGGCUUGCUCAAAAAAAUAACCGAUUCGUUUCCGAAAAAUCAUUUCAAUUGGUUACAUGAAAAAAACGAGUCAAUUAAAAGACAAUUUCAGGAUAUUCUUGGUGAUAAUGGCGUUAUAAUAUGCCCGACAUUUAUUGAUGGGCCUCAUUAUCCUUAUGAAAUUUAUCCAAGAGUUUGUAAUGUUACUUAUAUGAUGAUCUUCAAUGCAAUCGGCCUUCCUGUAACUCAAUGUCCUAUUGGGCUUAAUAAAAAUGGUCUUCCUAUUGGAUUUCAGGUAGUUGGAAAUGUAGGACAAGAUCAUUUGACAAUCGCCGUAGCGCGAGAAGUCGAACGAAUUUUUGGUGGCUGGAAACCACCACCAAGUUGUUAAAAACAAGUUUGAUAUUAAAUUAAUUAUAUUUACAACGAAAAAAA